UUUAGGAUCUCCGGUGGCCACAUAAAGAACCGUAUUGAGGAAACAGUAUAAACUGGUCAUGCAACGUAUAGAACUUCUUGAAUUUGAAUAUAGUGUCUCUAGCAAGUCUAGUGCAAUUUCGUCUUCUGGACAAGUUUUCCAUGUUCCCCGGUGGCCCCAUCCGGUUUCUCAAGUGUAAGAAAGUCUUCGACCCCCUAACCAAACCGCCCUCAACCCCACCCCCUUACUGUGUUAUGUUAGAUAUUUAUUAUCGCGGACUUUCUUUUGUUUAAAACAAUGUAAACAUUUGUCAGUUGCACUUCAACUCUGCUCGUCCAAGGACGAGCUCAUCUUUAUUAAGUAUUUCCAUGUCGGUAGAUCAACUACCUCCCUAGUAUUACAAUUGACUACCUAUCGACUUUACUUCAUUUUACCUCCUAGAUUUAGUCAUUGCGUUUACCUGUUGACGUACAUAAGUUUUUAUUGUCUUAUAUCGCCAAACAGAGAUGGUAAAUAUGGGAAAAGGGCGUGUUGUGGUUCAGGCCACAACAGUUACAUUAUAAAAGAACGCCAGCGGCUGGCCGGUCUUCCUGGCUAGAUGCAACGGUUCUAUGGCCUUCGCGGCGGGCUUGAUGUUUUUUUUAGCUUCUCCCCUGGCUAGAUGAACGCACUGCGUUCCUGGCUUCUUCGGGCAGAUAUCUUAGGAGUUGAAUUGGCAGCCCUAGCAUUGGGUGGUCCAGGUGUGGGCUCGAAUGGCGGAUGAAGUGCUGCCGAUUCACCAACUAGGGACAAUUCUAGAGUUUUUUUUGAUUAGGUCCUAUAAACAUAUGAAAGACAAUAGUUUAUUGGUCCUUUUCAAAAAAAACUCUGGAAUUCAGCCCGACAAAGCCAUCACCACCCACAGUGCGUCCAUCCGGCCCGAUACGAAGACCGAGGAUCGCCAUGCCUGCCGCGAAGGCCACGGAACCGUUGCAUCCGGCGAAAUUCCUGACCAUAAUUUUCUAAACCUUUGUAAAUUGACAACAAUCGAAAAUGAAAAUCAACACGAUUGCUGCGAUGAAUAUGAAAAACGCUUGCGCUUGUAUCUUCGAGACCCCUACAAGAAAAUCACCAAAACUGAUAUUUUCUCAAUACGCGCAAUACAAAGCAUAAAUAAUGUGAGUGCUCUUUAACACGUCUGACGACUGCUUGGAUUGGAUUGCAUUAGAUUCUUUUUGAACUGCGUGUCGUCGAAACCAAAACAAACAAAAAUAUAACUCGCAAUGAUCAACCCGAAAAAAAUGACACACAAAGUCAACACAGUGCCCUUGAUAGUUCUCGAUACCCCCACCACACCAUGGACACCCUGUCCGAAGUUGUAAUCGCACUGCUGAAAAACUCCGUGGACGCCCACAGCUUCUCGGUCGCGAUCCGGAUUUGCCCGGAGCUGUUCUGGCUGCAGGUGCUGGACAAUGGCGACGGUUUCGACGAGGCAGAUCUCGCUGGUGUGGGUAAAUGUUGUCCGUUGAACAUCGACUUCAAACAGAUGAAGCCGGUGAAAAAGUUUGCCCGCCUGACCGGGUCUUCCCUGCUCGAAAUCAUCGGUCGCUGCGAGGAAGUGCUGAUUGAAACGCUCGACUGUCGGCAUGGUGACGCCAAAUCCCACUCCCGGAGCUUCAAACAUCCCGCCGCAGCGGGUCACAGUUCCUCGCAGGCCGAUGUAACGACCACCCAGUACCAGCGGCAGUGCGUCCGCAAAUCCCAAGGAACAACGGUCACGCUGAAGAACGUGUUCUGGCAGGACCCGGACCGGGGGAGGCGGCACUCGCGCAAGACGGAUGACGAUUACCGGAAGCUGUUGGCGGAUUUGCGUGCGUUUGCCCUGGUGCACUUUGAUCGGUCCUUUACGCUGCAGAACCUGAGCACGUCCGAGGUGGAGUUCAAGAGCAAAAAAAAGACAACACUCAUCUCCAAGUACUGCGAACUGUACCAACUCUCGGAGCAGGACGUCGAUAUAACAACCUGCACCAAGGACAACGUUUGCAUCGAGGGCUACUUCAGCCGCCGGGAAGCGCGCCAUGCCCUUGAACCAGUACAGCUCACCUUCAUCAAUGGGCUGGCAAGUGAGGCUUACCUGCCGACCGUGAAUGACGUUCUGACGCAGCAAAAACAAUCGCUCGAUUUCGUGCUGGUUGCGACCUACCCCAAGAACGAUGUCCUCACCCAGCUAACCGAACCCGUCCUGCGAAAUUGCCUGCUACGGUGCCUGAAUCAGUACAAAAAGUCACUCGAGAACCGCCGGAAGCAAGCCAUUGUUGUUGUUUCCCCGGAACAAAUACCUGUUCCCCAACCCCAACCCCACCCCGCAGACGAAGAGGACAUUCUGUACGGACUCAAUAGCAGCCAACUCGACGAGGACAAACGAAAGGCCGUCGCAAAGUGCUCUCUGUGGUUGCGCACCAGUGACUUUACGGUGCGACCGGAGGACUCGAACCUGGAUCAGCAAAUGAACUCUCGAAAAAAUGGCAACGGGUCAAAGGAAAAUCAAGGCAAAUCAGGCCUCGACCAGCCGGUUGACUUUUUUGCCUCGCCCAAAGCCGGUCAAACAAAGUUUCAAGCACGACCCGAGCCGGCUGCGAGCACGCCCCUCAGAAAUAAACUUCCCGCAAAGUUACCGGUCCCGAAAUUCCUGCCCGAACCGACACCGCCCGCGGCUCCCUCCAAGCUGCCUCGGAAGCCCCAAAGAAUCUCUCAACGAACUCCACAAAAACGCUGGAAAGUAGUUGAGAUAAAAAAGAAGAAGAAGUCGCAAGUCAACGAUAGUGGAGGCACUGCUGCUCUUGAACCGGCUCAUCCCGAAGAGAAACCCCACGCCAAACAUCGGGUGACAAAACCCACUUCAGCAGCUCAAGUUGAAAUCCCAACUCGAUUUGACAGCAGGAAUAAUAGGGACAACGCUAUAAAUAACGUCCUCUCGCCGACACGUGAGGACCAUCCCAAGACGACUCCCAACGAGCAAUCCCCCGGAGAUUUGUCCUUCUUCCGGGAAUUUGAACAAACCACCGUACCGCAAAAAGAUGCCAGCUUUCUUAACAUUUGCUCCGAUUUGAAUGGCGUGGGGGACACUCACGUUAAACGGAACGAAACGGUUUUUGAAGGUUGUGGCUCCUCCGGCAGUCCAACUCAAGCAGCAACUCCCAACAUUUCGAACAAUCAAAGUGCAAUGGAGAGUGAAAUUUUCAACAUCUUCCCGGAGGCCCACUUCCUCGUACCACGGCCGCCCGACCCAAGCGACAGACUCGCCAAAUCCCCCGCGUUCCGGUACGAGGGGCUCGACCUGCCGGAAUGCUACGCGGACUUCCACGAAGAUUGCCACGAGACGGUUCAGCACUACCGGAUGGCGGUGGCGACGACAGUUACAACGGAAGAACGACGUACAGCGGGCCCCCGCAGUCCAGCGAGUCGUGAAAUCGAAAUCCUCCGGCAGCCGUUCCACGAGCCACGGUACUUGCUUCGUCCGAACCGGCACUGGUGACGACCGGGCGCGGCGUAAUUGACACGUGUUCGUGUGGGGUGGUGGAUUCCGGUAAUAAAAUGUCAAACUGUUUCCUUGUUCCUCGUUGA